GCAGUAAUGCUACGUUGGUCUCUCGUUCGGAUGAGAUUUUACGUACUUUUGAUCCAAUUAUCAAGGAUACAAUUCUUGAUCAAUCAAAAAAGGAGGGAAUGCGAGUUUUAACUCGUGCUCAUGUUAAAAGUCUUUCACGCGCUUCACCAAGUGGACCCAUUAAAGUAGAAUUCACAUCCAAAGAAACCAACGAUACAUCCGAAGAAUUUGAUACCCUUUUAUGGGCAAUCGGAAGAGAACCAAAUGUUGAUGAUUUAAACCUGGACAAAGUUGGGGUGAAGUUAAAUGAAAAAGGGUACAUUGUGGCUGAUGAAUAUCAAAACACGGCUGUCGAAGAAAUUUAUGCUUUGGGUGACGUUUGCGGAAUUGCACAGUUAACGCCUGUCGCAAUCGCAGCCGGACGUCGAUUGUCGGAUAGGCUUUUUGGUCCUUCAAAGUUUAAGAAUCUUAAACUUGACUAUAAUGAUAUCCCUACCGUCGUGUUUCAUGGAACUUGUGGUGCGGUGGGUCUUACUGAACCGGAGGCUCGAAAAAAAUAUGGUGAUGAAAAUGUUAAGGCCUAUUCUUCCAAGUUUGUGAAUAUGUAUAGCGCGAUGACGGAGCAAAAACCAGCAACGGCUUAUAAACUUAUUGUCCACGGUGAAAAUGAAAAGGUUGUCGGUAUUCAUCUUAUCGGAAGAGACUCUGCCGAAAUAUUACAAGGAUUCUCGGUCGCCUUAAAAAUGGGUGCUACAAAACAAGAUUUCGAUAAUACAGUCGCGAUACAUCCUACAGCCGCCGAAGAAUUGGCUGUUAUGCAGUUAUACGAUUUCCCAUUUCCUUGGACAUUAACUGGAGUGCACGCUUUAUGUGGUGCGAUUGGAUCCUAUUUGUUCUAUUGGAUGGGAAUAUUCACACCUGCCCGUUUAAAUGAGCGUGAAAGUAUGGUGAUGCUGUUGUUUUCAGUCUUAUAUACCAUAAAUAUUGCUAUCAGUAAUGUAUCAUUACAUUUGGUUACUGUGCCGGUUGUUUUGGGAGUUGCGUUUGCAACGGUGGGUGAUUAUUAUUUUACAAAAAUGGGUUUUUUCUUAACGGUUCUUGGCACAGUAUUAGCUGCUCUAAAAACCGUCGUUACAAAUCGUGUUCAAGUUGGUCGUCUUAAGCUCCAUCCCUUAGAUCUAUUGUUACGUAUGUCUCCUUUAGCUUUUGUUCAAACCGUAAUUUAUGCUUACGUAACCGGCGAAUUGCAUAGAGUACGUGCAUUUAGUCGUACCGAAAUGACAACUUCCUUAGUUUUCGCCCUUGUUACAAAUGGCGUCAUUGCCUUUUUUUUGAAUGUUGUGAGUUUCACGGCCAACAAAAAAACAUCAGCUUUGACAAUGACCGUGGCUGGUAAUGUUAAACAGGUCUUGUCAAUUAUUUUGGCGGUUGUGAUAUUUAAUUUAACUAUAACGCCAACCAACGGUCUCGGAAUCUUUUUGACUUUGCUUGGAGGCGCGUGGUAUGCGAAAAUUGAGUUUAGUGAACGUUACAAACCCGUUCCUAUCGUCUCACCACCUCUAGGUCGAUGA